AUGGCUGUAACCGCUUUCCCCUCUCUCGGGAACUCUUCCCCGGACCUCACCCUCCUCAACACAGCCCGUCUCUUUACCCGGCUCGAACACAAUCUCCUAACGCCGGGCUCAGAGCUCCGCACCUUGCGUGGGUCCGAAUUCCAGCGCAUGCGCAUAACAAAGAACCUCGAAUACGCACGCACCCUCCUCUCACAACUGGAACGAUCUCUCCCUCAAUUGAAAUCCCUCGAGCGUAAACACGAGGUUCAGGAAGAAGUCACACGUGACAGACAACUUCUAAAGCGCAUGCAAGCCGUCUUGGACGAAGAAGAUGCCCGCGCCAACGACAACGACAACGACAACAGCAACGAUAAUGAUAACGAGACCGAAGUGGACACAGAAUGGGCGGACUUAUUCGCGAAACCGGUUGCCGAAAAGAUCCUCCCAGCACCCAACAGCCCAAGCAAGCCCCAAAUAUACACGGAAAACAAAGACAAAGAGCAGCGAGAUAUUGAUUCCACCACAACACCAACAUCAACACCCGCAUACCCAUCUACAUCAACAUCAACAGCCGCACCUCCUACAUCCACCGCACCCCCAACCCUGCGAAACAGAUCCACAAACCAAAAGCCGCAAACCUCACUAACGGACUCCACCGCAAAAGCCAAAGCAUCUGGAAGUAGCACUUCCGCUUCGACUUCCACGCCCGCAAACAAAAAGGAACAAGAGCUCAGCACGCACCGACUCGAACAGGAGGAUCUGACUAGCUCCCUCGUCGCGCUAGCUAGCCAGCUUAAGGCAUCCUCGCAGUCGUUCCAGACAACGUUGGAGAAUGAGCAGUCUGUGCUUGAUCGUGCGGUGACGGGGAUGGAUAAGACGAGCGCGACGAUGGAGGCUGCGGGGAAGAGGAUGGGGAUGCUGCGGAAGAUGUCAGAGGGGAAAGGGUGGUGGGGGCGGAUGAUGCUUUAUGCGUGGAUCUUUGGGUUGUGGGUUGUUGCUAUUUUGAUUGUUUAUGUUUUGCCCAAGUUGAGGUUUUAG